GGAAGGAAAGAACAUAGGCAGCCGAAGCGACUGUCGCGAGGCAAGGCCAUCGUCCGCCAUGACGCUCUCCCUCUCCACCUCUUUCCUCCCCAUCCCCGCCGCCGCGAGGACCACCGCCCGCACCCUACGCUCCGUCGUCCCCUCCCAGGGGAUGCGCUGCUCGAUGCGCAAGAAGGGGUUGCACCCGGAGAUCUACGAGGACGCGAAGGUGUACUGCAACGGCGAGCUGGUGCUGGUGACGGGGGGCACCAAGCCGGAGUACACGGUGGACGUGUGGUCCGGAAACCACCCCUACUAUGUCGGCGACACCUCGGCGCUCGUGGUCAUGGACAGCCAGAUCGAGAAGUUCCGCAAGAAGUGGGGCCACAUCAAGGAGUACUGGCCCGAGGACCAGUGGAGGGAGAUGCACCCAGACGGCGACCCGGAGUUCGAGCCCGAGGGGGACAACUGAUUGAUGGCUCCCCGUCUUCCUCACCCGGUGCGUGGUCACCGGUCCAGUUUACAUUUGCCCUCUUGAAUGGAAUCGAGACUCUGUCUGUUCGCAUUGCUCUCCAGGUGUUCGGUUAAUGUUCGGAAUGGAAAAUGUACAAUUACUACUACUUCACGAGAUAGGGUCUUGUUGAUCAUGGGCCCCCAAAUACAAUGUGCUUUCUGCAAUGCACUCUAGGGUAGGAUGGUAUUGAUCAAACAAGCAAAUGAUCCUGGUUCGAGGAAAUGGAUAUUUCUCACUAGGAGUAUACGCUG